AAAAGAGAAGAAAAAAAAGCUUCCAGAAAUUUCUAGAUACUUCAUGUGUUGCGUAUAUAGUAUGUCAGUUGUUAAGGAAAGUUCUAUGGUCUCAAAAAUUAAUAAAAAAGUUGUUGUUUGUGGUAUUGUCAAGAAGAGUAAAAACAUUAAAAUUAUUAAGAACAAUUCGAUUAUUUCUUGUGGUAAAACUAUGUCAACUAAAACUAUGUUACGUUUACAUGGCACUAUGUUGAGACAUCACUGUACUCAGCUCUUUAAUUGGCACGGUUGCUUUUAAACCGUUAAGAUUUUUCGUGAAUUGAACGGCGAAUUAAUUUCCCGAUCAAAAUGCAAGCCAGCGGCUUUGCCAGUACACUUUCAAUCAUGCAUUCAGAAAGCUAUUUACGUUACAAAUCCAGCCGAUACAGUAUCGACGGAAACUCAACAGAAUCAAGCGACAAAUACGCAAAUAAUUCAAAAGUUGCCAGACAAAACAGA